UGUGUGUGUGUGUGCGUGUGCAGAUGACCUGCAUGCAGUGAGUCUCUGAAGUCUUGUAUUCUCCCCUCCGUCAGGUCGACAUGCUGAAGCUGCUUCCUCUCCUGCGUCUCUGCGUGUGUGCGGCGGCCUUGCUGGUGCAGACCCCCCCCUAUGUGAGAGUGACCCCGGGGUCAGAGGUCACCCUGAUCUGUGACAUCACUGAGAUGGGGGGGUCCUGCUCUCAGGUGGUGUGGCUUCGUGUGGGCCAGGUGAGCUGGAUGAACUUGAGGGAGACGUAUUCUUCUCAGAACAAGACGGUGUGUCAGCUGCAGAUCUCCAACGCCGCCCUGCAGGACGCCGGCAGGUACUACUGCAUCUUUGUCAACGGGCCGAUGCUGCUGGGGGGGGCCGGCUCCACCCUCUCCGUCACAGACUCGGUGCAGCAGAGUCCGGCCGUGGACCUCCUGCUUCCUGCAGACCAGCACCUCACGCCCCCCCUCCCGGUGCCACUGGUGUGUGUUGCGUCGGGGCUGGAGGACCCGGGUCGGGCCAAGCUAGACUGGGAGCUGGACGGGGAGGGCGAGACUCUCAGUCCCAGAACCCUCUCUGCCGGAGAGGCGGGGGUCCUCAGCGUCCGGGUGGAGGUUCCUGCAGAGAUCUGGGCCGGGGGGACGGAGGUGUCCUGCAUUCUGACGGACGGAGAGCUGGAGAUCCGGAAGACCGUCAGCCGGACCAACCGAGAGUCCAGUGCGUUUCUGACCUGGUCGCUGGGCGCAGUGUGUGUCGUCCUGCUUGUUGUCACGGUGACGCUCAGCUUCCUGUUGUCACGCCAACAGAGAGGAGGCAAAAGAGAAUCCGGAGGUCGGUCGGAGGUCAGUGACGAGGUUGCAGCAGAUCUUCAAUAUGCUGCUCUGAGAUUUCAGGCUCCAGGCAGAGGAGACGUCAGCGCCUCUCCCUGACUUCACUGAGAUCAUGAAUAAUAAAG